CGGUGCUGAGGGCUGGGUUCAGGACGUGGAGUGCAUUAUGUGUUAGAUAUCAGAGCCUAACCUAUGCACAAGACUUGGAUUAACUCACAGCAGCUUUGCAGCAUUUAGAGCUAUAAUUCUUCGUGACCGUUUACCUGAAGAUGCCUCCUUCAGCAGCGUCUGGAGCCGAAGAUGGUAAAGUCUUGGUGAGGAAGAUGUUGAGGGAAGUGCUGGUGGGUCGAGAGGAUCCAGAGGGGUUUUUCGUUAUGUGUGUGUCCGCUCUGGGGCACCAGGAGACCCGGUCACAGUUUCUGUCCCUCAUCCAGCCCCUGUCCACGGCCAACAGCUCCCUGCACUCCGUCCUCAGCUACAUCUACACAGAAUAUUUCAAUAAGACGGAAGAUGAUGAACUGGAACUUGCACUGGCUCGCUCUUUACUGGAAACGAAGGAUCACCAGCUGUCAACCCCUGGUCAAGAGUCCCGAUCACAGCAACCUGGAGACAGAUUGAAUCAGACCCAACUAACAGGUGUACUUGGCAGGAGAGAAAACACCAACCCACCACAAACUGGAGCCUGGGUCAAGACGAGCACAUCACAGACAACCCGAGAAACUGACGUUCAGAAAAGCACACGCGUUGAGACAACAGGGACAAGUCAGACUGUGUGUGUCUCCAGACUGUGUGGCUCACUUUCCAAGCACGACACGGUUGAAGAAGGUGAUCAAAUGAUGGAUGAUGGAGAUAUGAAUCCAUCAGAGAGACCAAAACGCUCAAAGAACAGGCGACAGCGCCGUAAAGGUGCUGGCCAGCAGGUCGUAGGUUUGCCCUGUUCUCCAUCAGCAACGCCACCAGUACUGCUGUGGUUCAGGAGGGACCUGAGACUCGGGGACAACCCUGCUCUCAUUGGCUCAUUGGAGGUUGGUGCGCCUGUCAUCCCUGUCUUCAUCUGGAGCGCUGAAGAAGAGGAGGGACCUGGGAUCACAGUGGCCAUGGGAGGAGCUUGUAAAUACUGGCUUCAUCAAGCAUUAUCCUGUUUCUCUUCAUCUCUGGAGCGCAUUGGCAGCCACCUUGUCUUCCUCAACGCAAAUGGAUCUUCUCUGCGUACCCUGAGGGAGCUAGUAAAAGAGACAGGGGCGAGAACAGUCUUGGCUAACGGCCUUUAUGAGCCCUGGCUGAAGGAGAGGGAUGAUGUGGUGGUGUCAGCCCUCCAGAAAGAUGGUGUUGAAUGCAGGAUGCUCCACUCGUACUGUCUCAGAGACCCUUACUCUGUCAGCACGGAGGGUGUGGGACUCAGAGGAAUAGGUUCAGUGUCUCACUUCAUGACCUGCUGCAAAGAAAACCCAGGGUCUGGGUUAGGAGCCCCCCUGGACCCUCCUGCAUCUCUCCCCACACCUGCCCAUUGGCCUCAGGGUGUCUCUUUGGACACACUAGGCCUGGCACGCAUGCCCCGCAGGAAGGAUGGCACAGUGAUUGACUGGGCAGCGAACAUUCGUAAAUCCUGGGAUUUCAGUGAAGAAGGAGCAUGUGCCCGGCUGGAGGCCUUUCUGAAUGAUGGUGUGUAUAGAUACGAAAAAGAGUCAGGUAGAGCAGAUGCACCAAAUACCAGCAGUCUGUCUCCCUACCUUCACUUUGGUCAGCUCAGCCCACGCUGGCUGUUGUGGGAUGCCAAAGGGGCACGCUGUCGAUCCCCAAAGUUCCAACGCAAACUUGCUUGGAGAGAUUUGGCUUACUGGCAGCUGACACUGUUUCCUGACCUCCCCUGGGAAUCCCUCAGACCUCCAUACAAGGCUUUACGGUGGAGCAAUGAUCGUGGCCACCUGAAGGCCUGGCAGAAAGGGCAAACAGGCUACCCUCUGGUGGACGCAGCCAUGAGGCAGCUGUGGCUUACAGGCUGGAUGAACAACUACAUGAGACAUGUGGUGGCAUCGUUUCUCAUAGCAUAUCUCUAUCUGCCCUGGCAAGAAGGUUACCGCUGGUUCCAGGACACCCUGGUGGAUGCAGAUGUUGCCAUAGAUGCUAUGAUGUGGCAGAAUGGAGGCAUGUGUGGUCUGGAUCACUGGAACUUUGUCAUGCACCCCGUCGAUGCAGCAAUGACCUGCGACCCCUAUGGCAGCUACGUGAGGAAGUGGUGUCCCGAACUUGCAGGUCUGCCCGAUGAGCUCAUUCACAAACCCUGGAAAUGUCCUGCGUCCAUGCUUCGACGUGCUGGUGUGGUCUUAGGCCAGACAUACCCAGAGAGAAUUGUCACAGACCUGGAGGAGAGGAGGAGUCAUUCUCUGCAAGAUGUAGCUCGGGCUCGGGUAGAGUUUGGACAGUACGUGGACAAGCGCACAGGCUCUGACUUGGUGCCCCUGCCCCCACGCCUGCUCUCUGAGACUCUGGGCUUAUCACACAGGGAUGGCGGUGUCGUGAGAGAGAGGAAACAGUUCCUGUUGCCCGUUAUCACCCGCAUGGAAUUUAAACACCAGCUAGAAGAUCCAGACGCAGAUGCCGCCUCAAAUCCUUACAAUGCUGUUCUAAAAGGAUACGUGAGCCGUAAGAGGGAUGAGACCAUUGCCUUCCUUAACGAGAGAGACUUUACUGCCAGUGUGAUGAACGAGGGAGUUCAGAGAAAAGAGAGGCUGGAGAGCGAUUAUCGCAGAAUGGAGGGACUUCCUCGACCUCCUGCGCCCCGGGGCAGGGCCAGACGAACUCCAACAGCCAAGGACAGGUUUUCUAUCGUACCUGGUGGGGCGGUCGCUUCACUCAGGUGACCCAGAGAUUAACGUUUACAGGAUCUACGUGACCAAACAGUUACUUGCCGUAAAAUGCACAAGUACAAAAUGUUACAGAACAAAAGUCUUGAAGUGCAAAGCCAAGGCAAGAACAAAAUCUACACUGGACCCACAAUCACCCAUCAGUAAUGUUCUGCUGGGAAACCUUGGGUCGCGUAGAUGCCACUGGACAUGCACCACCUUUCCAAAGCCAAGUACACCCCCUCAGGGCAGCGCAGUGCAGGACAUGGCCACACCACAAAAACUGUUGAGGAAUGGCCAAGGAUCAUGACAAAGAUCUCAAGUUUUCGACCUGGUCUCUUUAUUUCCUAGACCCCAAUCUAAGCGAACAUCUGUGGGGUGUACCAGUACCCAACCCUCCGGACUCAAUGGAUCCGCCGCCAACGCAGGGUGCCAGACACCAAAUGACACGCCCAGAGGUCCUAUGUCCAUACUUCUACAGGUCAGAGGCCCCACUGCGGAUUGGACUUGGCUCUGACCUGUAGAUGCAUCGAAUCAGGACUACUGGAGUACUGGUAUUUCCCACCAAUGGUUGAUCGGAUUUUGAAUUUUGGGAAUUUGGAGGCCAGGUUGACAGCUUGAGCUCUUUGUUGACGCAAUGGUGUCAAGUGGCAUCCUCAUGAACGUCAGGACCAUAGACUGUAUACAAAGAUAGACGACACAUCUCCACCUACCCCCAUGGUACAGGAGUGAAGCUAAAAUAUCCCAGAUACAGCCGCUGCCAUCUUCCUCUGGUGACAUAAUUUGGACCCAGAGUCUGCGCAGGAGCGAUCUCUGCGGUAUCAAGUUUCCCACUCAAACACCCAACCAAGACUGAAUGGUUUCCUAGCAGAACACAGCAUGUAACACUUUGAUCAGUGUUAUUCACUUCACCCGUCAGUAGUUUCAUUAUUGUUAAGGAAAUGCUCCUAACAUUUUGUACAUCUGGUAUUCAGUAUAAUCUCAGGUAUUUUACCAGCCUAGAUGAAAAACACUGGGUCAGCUCAGCCAAUGUACUUGACGUCAGUGCAGCUUCCUUUUCAGGGUCCAGUCUGUAUUUUUGAACACACAAAUCUGAGGCAUGUUUCACAUUAAUAUACACAAAUAUUACAGUUUUGGUCAUAAAUGGGGGGAAAGGUGGUCGGUGUUUCUCAGCAGAUCUUUUACAAAUUAAAGGCCUUUUUUUGUUUACAAACUGAUGUAAACAGCAUCAGGAACAUUUUAAUAAGUUGAGUGUUUGUAUUAAAUUAAGUCAACUUGGAGGUGGUAUCAGGCUCCAAUACAUUUUGAAUUUUGGUGUAGGGGCUACCUUUGGUUUACAUUUGUGUAAUGGGUUCCCACUUUGACUGGAAAUAUUUAUGUGGAUAUAAAUGGUUAGCGAAACUGUUGAUUCAAGUGUCUUACAUAUGUAAAGUGUGUGUGUGUGUGUGUUUUAACUGAAACUGUUUUAUGCAAAUAUCUAAAUAUGCAAAAACCAUUUAAACUAUGUGAUGCUCUGACAUAACCUCAGGCAUAUUACCUGUUCACUACCUG